AUGGCACGAAACUUGAAUUCAGGGGAUCUUCGGUACAGAUCAGGCCCAGUGACAAAUCUUCCCCCAGAUACAUCUGAGAAUGAGGAGGAGAUGUUCCGUUCCAUCGAGAGAGGCAUCAUCUGUGACAAGUACGAUAAGAUUCCAGUUGAGGUUACAGGAAAAGAGGCCAUAACACCAAUUUAAAGCUUCGAGGAGGCUAACCUAGGAAAAUCUUUGUCAGUAAAUGUCCAAAAAACAAAGUACACUAAGCCCACCUCUGCGCAGAAGUAUAUGAUACCCACAAUCCUUGCAGGAAGAGAUGUCAUGACUUGUUGUCAAACAGGAUUAGGAAAGACGGCUGCUUUUCUCCUACCUGCCAUGUCUGAGAUACUGAACAAUUCACUGACCAGCAGUGAGCUGUCAGACAUUCAAACUCCACAAGGUCUUUGUAUUUCUCAGAAAGUUUUCAUUGGAAACUAUGCUAAAGCCAGUGUGUAUUUAUGGAGGGGUCAGUGUAUCACAUCAUUUGUGACAGGUUCAAUGUGGUUGUAACUUUCUUGUUGCUACACCCAGGCGGCUCAAGU